UAACAUUUUGGGGCAAAACGCCCCCACCCCCCUCCACCAGUUUCAGCAACCAUUCCAUUCGCAUUUGGAUAGACGACAGAGAUUGAGCAGCACACCUCAAGCACAGCUAUCUGUGCACGUCAGGGCCUAGUGUUUGCUACAAAACAGCCGGGGAUUAUUUUUCACACCCACUUAAUAAUCGUUUUAAACGAAACAUUUUUUCUUUGGAAGCGUGCACAUCAGAACAACAGAGCAUGGCAGAAGAGGACUUCCAAACCUUUACCUCUGUCAUGGACGCGCUGGUUCGUAUCAGUUCCAACAUGAAGAUGAUGGAAAAGGAGCUGCUGUGCCCGGUGUGUGACGAGAUCGUGAAGCAGCCCGUCCUCCUGCCAUGCCAGCACAGUGUGUGUUUGCUGUGCGCGGCCGAGGUGUUGGUACAAAGAGGCUACCCUCCUCCAGACCUCCCUCCGGAACCCAGAUCACCAGCCUCCUCGCCGAACACUCGGUCCCCACGCCAAACUCACAGACCCACACCCAGGACUCCUGACCGCUUGGAGCGGGUCCUCAGAACAGUGUGCAGCACAUACCCAGGGCGGCGACGGAAGGACACAACUCUUCCCCCCAUGAUCUUCCCCUGUCCUUCCUGUCAGCAGGAAGUGGAGCUCGGGCAGAGAGGCCUGUCAGACUGCUUCCGUAACCUCACUCUGGAGCGCAUUGUGGAAAGGUACAGGCAGACUAUAAGUCUGGGCAGCGUGGCCAUCAUGUGUGCCUUCUGUAAACCUCCUCAGUCUCUGGAGGCCACUAAGGGCUGUGCUGACUGCAAAUCCAACUUUUGCAAUGAAUGUUUCAAACUCUAUCAUCCAUGGGGAACCCCUCGCGCUCAGCACGAACACAUUCUACCCACCAACAACUUCAGACCAAAGGUCCUCACUUGCACAGAGCACGAGCAGGAGAGGCUGCAGUGGUACUGCCGCAGCUGCCAGAGACUGCUUUGUCCGGUUUGUAAACUUGGUCGCGCCCACCAUGGACACAAGGUUUUGCCUAUAGCACAGGCCUACCAGGCCCUGAAGGACAAGAUGGCAAAAGAAGUCAACUUCAUUCUGACCAAUCAGGAGACCAUACAGAAUCAGAUCACUCAGCUGGAAGCUGCGAUCAAACAGAUGGAGGCGAACAGUGGCGUGGCUCUGCAGCAGCUGACCCACUGCAUCAGAGAGCUGGGAGCAACUGUAGCUGAGCGCCAGGGGACUUUAACUCUGGCUCUAGAAGCAUCCAGAAGCAGGAGAGAAGAGGUCCUGUUCAGCCAGGCUUUUGAGAAGCAAUGUCUGCUGGAGGAGGCCAGCCUGAUGGCGUACACUCAGGAACUGCUUAAAGAAACAGACCCCCCGUCCUUUGUGCAGGCAGCAAGGGUGACACACAGCAGACUGGUUAAGGCCAUCGAAAAUCUGCAGUGCUUCUCCCUUGCAGCUGACACCUCCUUCAGACACUUUCACUUAGAUGCAUCCAAAGAGGUCGAGCUCAUCAACAGCUUGCAGUUCAUACAAGCGCCGCUCGCUCCCGUCAUCGACACUCAGAAGACACUGGCCUACGACCAGCUGUUUUUGUCCUGGCGCCUUCCUCAGGACUCGGCCGCAGCCUGGCACUUCUCUGUGGAGUUCCAGCGUCGGGCCGGGGGAGCCGGAGCCGUGUGGGGCGGCACCAGCUCCCCUAGCUCCUCCACGCCGUGGCAGCGACUAAAUGAGGUGAAAGGGACCAGCGCCGUGAUCGAUCGACUGCAGAUGGACAGCGUGUACGUGCUCAGAGUCAGGGGCUGCAACAAGGCUGGCUUUGGAGAAUACAGUGAAGAAGUUUACCUCCACACUCCACCUGCCCCAGUACUGAGUUUCUCCUUGGACUCUCACUGGGGGUUGCAUGCUGAUCGUUUGGCGUUGGGUAAGGGCCAGACGUAUGCUCGCAGUGUCCCGGGUCUGUCCCUCCUACAGGCAGCUGACCGUGCCCUCACCUCCUGUCACCUGACCUCUGACUUACUGGUGGCAGACUUGGCUGUCACUGAGGGGCGACACUACUGGGCGUGCUCUGUGGAGCCGAGUUCCUACUUAGUGAAGGUGGGUGUCGGACAGGAAGCCAAACUACAAGAAUGGUUCCAUCUCCCUCAGGACAUGACAAGCCCGCGCUGUGAUGCAGACAGCGGCCAUGACAGUGGGGCAGAGGACGGCCAGGACUCCCCUCCCUUCUGCUUCCUGACCAUGGGCAUGGGCAAAAUCCUGCUCCCUCACGGACAUGGCCACAGUCAGAGCCAGUGUGACAGCCAGAGCCACGGAGGACUGUAUUCCCACAGUGGCAGCCACAGCAACAUGCCCCAGUCUCACACCGCUCCUCUCCCACCCCGGCUGGGGGUGUGCCUGGACUGCGACAAAGGUCGGGUAACUUUCUACGACGCUCACUCGCUGCGUGUCCUGUGGGAGGGACAUUUGGAUUGCUCUGUUCCGGUGUGUCCAGCAUUUUGUUUCAUCGGCGGAGGAGCGCUGCAGCUGCAAGAACUGGUGGCUAAUCGGAGUAUCGAAGAGCCUCCUCCCCGGAGGGUAACAAUCCAAACACGGGCAACAAAUCGGAGUAAAUAACCUGACCGUUGCUUAGGUUCUUUGUAAAGGUGGAGGUCAGAUCUAAUCCAACAGAGAUUUGACUAAAUUGCUGCUAAAUGAUCUGAAAACUCAGAAAUGAUAGAUGUUCAUUCACUUUUAGUUGGAAAACCAUGAAAUUUGACUUACUUUGAAACAUUAUCCACUGUUGUCGUCAGCUUGUUUAGUGGCUGGAAUGAUUUUAGACUAUGCACAUCUCAAAGAGGGAUCCCACACUUUUUUAUGGGAGGUUAUCAAUCCUUCUGUUAAUCAGAUGGUAAAGAAACACAAAUCUGCUCUCCCUUUUUCUAAGAUCGUCAGUGUCUUUCCCCAGAAUGUCAGAAAAACAAGCUGCAUGCAGAUAUAAUGACGGGGCGGGACUUACAUUUAUGCACAUAACUGACUGUCGGCUCGUAUUGAAACACGCGUCUGAUUUUCUACCCUUAACUUUCCUGUAGCUGAAAAAAUGUUCAUGUGAAUAUUAACUGAGUUUGAGAAUGUGAAUUUUCUUAGGUUGAUGAAAAACUGCAUUUCAAAAGGUCAUGUGAAGCUGUGGAAGCAUCUUGCCUUUGCACUUUUAACACAAUUCCACACAAGUGAGGUUUAGAAUGAAUGAUAUUCUGUCAAUACUUACAUGAAUGUGUUUUAUAUUUAAAAGAAAUCCUGACCUAUGAGCGCAAAAGAGACACGUUUUAUGUGAAGAUAGACAGGAAAGCUUAUUGACAGAAUAAGAAGGCUUUUAUUAUGAAAACUUUACAAAAAAAUAACUUUAGCCAUUAGCAGAAUGAUCAGUUCAUGAUGUAUUUGAAUGGACGAGCCUCUAUGGUGGUGUUUUCAACUUAUAUGUUAGGCGGAGCCCAGUUGUUAAAAGGUGAUAUACAGUUCACUAAAAGUUGGUUGGGCCUCAGAUAACGUCCCAUAAUGGCCUGUAUUUCGUGUUAUUUCUUUUUGUGUGUGUCAUAUUAUGAUCUUUUUCAAUCUUUGAGUAACUAUUCUUUAUUUUAUAUUAAUGUUAGGGAGAAUUCAUAUCUAGUUUAUUAAUUUUGUUAGGGUUUGAAUUGCAGUUUUUCAGUAGUUUUUGAUUAUUCCAUAAUCCUAUAAAGCAUUAUACACUUUUUUGAAAUCCUUUUUUUAUAUACAUUUCAAAUUUUGCCUGUUUUUCAAUCUAUUUUUGUUUCAUUCUUAAACAUAUUUGCAGAAAGUUCUUGAAUCUGCUUGGCAUUUUAUCUGUGUGUCCCUGUUCCCGUUGAUUGAAUGAAUUUCUACUUGUGCCAACUCUUCUAGCAGCAGCAUUUCAAAAUGUAGGAAUCUGCUUGCAAAGUGUUUCCAACUUGUCAUGAGAAAAAAAAAUCAAUAAAAUGCUGACAACUGCUG